AUGAAUGCUGAUCAAAUUGAAACAAAAAUUACAGCGUUUUUAAAUCGUUUAGCUGAUUUUUUCGGAAAAGAUGCAUCAACUGAAGUAAGAUUCAGAAGUCUUAGAGGAGUACAUAAUCUAUGAAAUUUUUCUUUUAUUCAUAUUUCAGUUGGCAAAAAUGAUACUUUUGGAUCAGGCCUCCAUCUUAAUUAAAUCAAGACGAUUUCUGAUUUAUAAAAAGGUUUGCUACUUCCGCUCCACUCCGAAGGCAAAUAAGUACCACAGAAGGGAAAUUAGAGUGAACUAAAGCCAUUGCUUACCUCAGGAACCACAUGGAAAAACAGAAAAAAGUUUAAAGAAUACCUUGCAUGAAAAAGAAUUCAAAUUUCAAUUUAUGCUACCUAGAAACUGAAACAUUAUUGGACACUCUGUCUCGUACUGCUUUGAGAAACCAAUCUGUUUGAAAAGCAAAACACAAGGUUUUAUCUGAGAAGAAUGCCGACUGACGAGGGAACGUUCUCAGGUGUCGGAUUCCGAUUUCCUUCGUUCAUAUGCCGAUCGAUAGGUCAUAUGGAGAUAUGAAAAAGCCU